CAAGGGACUGACAAUUAUUGACUAAAAAUAAGCUUGCUGUUUACCUUUGGUAGGUGGAGUUGUAGCUUCCACCCAAUUUCUAUUGACUUCUCCAAAUCAAAAAACAUAAAGUUGCGUGCAAAUUGCAGUGACUUUUUUAAUAGCUAGUCUUCCACUAAGAGAGAGAUCUCUCAGUUUACCAUUGAUUUCCUAAUUUCCCUCACCAAAUUUCUUAAACCUUUCUCAUGAUCUGUGCUUCCUUUUUCUGAUUGAAUCGAAUCAUCACGUAUUCUGUUCUUGAUCUGUAUACCAUUGAUUUCCUGAUUUCCGUCACCAAAUUUCUUAAACCUUUCUCAUGAUCUUUGCUUCCCUUUUCCUAAUUUCCCUUUUCUGACAUCUGCCAAUCAUCUCGUAUAGUGUUCUUGAUCUGUAUCUUUCUUGCUUGAAAGAUCAGCUUUCCCAGAGUUUCAACAUUGGGGCGCGUCCACACGUUUCCCCACUCAGCAAUUAGCUUAUGAUUCUUUUGUUAAAAUUCUUUUGAAUCCAGAUUCAGUUUAUUUUGUGAACACACUUACGGCAUUAAUGUUUUGUAAGAUAUUUGAGGGCCAAAGAAGAAAGCGGUGAAAAUGGCUAGACCGAAUGAUCGAUUUUGGGAUUUUGUUGAGAAGCUGGAUGAUGGUCGUUUCAACUGUACAUUUUGUGGCUAUAAAUUUGCUGCCGCUACUUCCGUUUCGAGGAUCAAAUGGCAUUUGUCAGGAGUCAGAGGGCAUGGUGUUGCAAUUUGUGACAAAGUGCCUGAAGACGUUCAAGAAGCAGCUUUUCAAGCUGUGCAUCGUGACAACAAAAGACAUAAAAGCAUAGCAAGUUCAAGCAAUGUUAACGAUAAUGCCAUUUCAACCACUCCACAAGAACAAAACAAUAAUGAAGUCGUCAAUUUGGCAGGAGAUGCAGGAACGACACAAGCACCAGAUAUAAUGGGUCACGCACUUGGAAGAAGUUGGGAUGAGAUCUAUAAUUUUUUAAUGGAGGAUGAUACAGAGAAUGGGACUCGAGGGGUAGUGCAGCCUGGUGCUGGAGCUAGCUCUUCAGGAGGGCUCACAUGCAACACAAAUUCGAUCAAAGUAGAUGCAGUACCAACGACAAAGUUGGUGGGUCAAGCAUUCAAAGACCAUAAGAAGACUAUCUGGUCUUGGUUGAUGCACGAUGAAGUUUCAACUAUUGGCAUCUAUGGGAUGGGCGGAGUGGGAAAGACGACAUUGGUGACACACAUUUAUAAUCAGCUUCUAGAAAGACGAGGCACUUUCUGCCAUGUUUACUGGAUUACUGUUUCACAAGAUACCAGCAUUAAUAAAUUGCAAAACAGUAUCGCCAGACGGAUUGGUUUAGAUCUUUCUACUGAAGAUGAGGAGCUGUAUAGAGCUUCCAAAUUGUCAAAAGAAUUAACGAAGAAACAGAAAUGGGUUUUGAUUUUAGAUGAUUUGUGGAAGGCUAUUGAGCCACGCAAGGUGGGAGUUCCUAUCCAAGCUGUUAAGGGAUGCAAGCUGAUUCUUACAACACGAUUAGAAAAGGUUUGUCAACAGAUGGAUACCGAACACAAAAUCAAAGUAAGUCCUAUAUUGGAGGAAGAAGCUUGGACUUUGUUUAUUGAGAGACUUCGACAUCAAAUGGCACUUUCUCCAGAAGUGGAACAAAUUGCAAAAUCUAUCACAAAGGAGUGUGAUGGUUUGCCUCUGGGAAUUAUAACAAUGGCUGGAAUCAUGAAGGGGGUGAAGGACAUACACGAGUGGAGGAAUGCUUUAGAGGACCUGAGACAAUCAAGAGUUAGGAAAGAUGAUAUGGAGCCUGAGGUAUUCCACAUACUGAGAUAUAGUUAUAACCAUCUAAGUGAGGCAGCACUGCAACAAUGCUUCUUGUGCUGUGCAUUAUUCCCGGAAGACUUUGAGAUCCGUAGAGAGGAUUUGAUAGCUUAUUUGAUUGACGAGGGAGUGAUAAAAGGGCUGGAGAGUAGGGAGGCAGAAUUUAACAAAGGCCACUCGAUGCUGAAUAAACUCGAAAGAGUCUGCCUAUUGGAAAGCGCUAAGGAAGGGUAUUAUGAUGAUAGAUGUGUCAAGAUGCAUGACUUGAUUAGGGAUAUGGCGAUGCAAAUACUGCAAGAGAACUCUCAAAGCAUGGUUAAAGCAGGUGCACGGUUAAGAGAAGUGCCGGGUGCAGAGGAGUGGACAGAGAAUCUUACUAGAGUUUCACUGAUGCAUAACCAGAUUGAAGAAAUUCCUUCCACGCAUUCACCGAGGUGUCCCAGUCUUUCAACUCUACUGUUAUGCGACAAUUCAAAGUUGCAAUUUAUUGCAGAUUUAUUUUUUGAGCAGUUGUAUGAGCUCAAGGUUCUUGAUCUGUCUCGUACAAAUAUCACAAAACUACCUGAUUCUGUCUCUGAAUUGGUGAGUCUCACUGCAUUAUUGCUCAUUGAUUGUGAUAUGUUAAGGCAUGUGCCGUCAUUAGAAAAGCUCAAGGCACUGAAGAGGUUAGAUCUCUCUGGUACUUGGGCACUUGAAAAGAUUCCUCAAGGCAUGGAAUGUCUAUGCAACCUGAGGUAUCUUAGAAUGAAUGGAUGUGGUGAAAAGGAGCUUCCUAGUGGGUUGUUAUCUAAACUCUCUCACCUGCAAGUCUUUGUAGUAGAGGAAGGGCUAAGUCAUGGAAGAUAUGCUCCGGUAACAGUUAAAGGAAAGGAAGUAGGAUGCUUGAGGAAGUUGGAAACUUUGGAUUGCCAUUUUGAAGGUUACUCUGACUACGUGGAGUAUCUCAAUUCUCGGGAUAAGACCCGAUCACUAACAGAAUACAGAAUUGUUGUAGGACUGCCACGUGAAAAAUGUUAUACAGAUGGCAAAGAUAAAGUAAUUGUUUUGGAUAAAUUGACGAUCAACAGAGACGGAGAUUUUCAGGACAUGUUCUGGAAGGACAUUCAACAACUGACCAUGGUUGAAUGUGAUGGUGCAAAAAGUUUAUGCUAUGUUUCCUCUCUAAUAAAGAAUGCAAUUGAACUGGAGGUCAUCCACAUUAAGGAUUGCAAUACCAUGGAGAGCUUGGUUUCAUCUUCUUGGUUCUGCUCUGCUCCACUACCAUUGCCAUCUUACAACGGUAUAUUUUCUGGUCUUAAAGAGUUCUAUUGUUAUGGAUGUAGAAGUAUGAAGAAGUUGUUCCCUCUUGUCUUGCUGCCAAGCCUCGUAAACCUGGAAAGGAUUGAAGUUGUUAACUGUGAGAAAAUGGAGGAGAUAAUAGGUGGAAUAAGAUCAGAUGAAGAAGAGGUUACGGGUGAAGAAAGCAGUAGCAGCGGAUUCAAACUCCCAAAGUUAAGAGCUCUGUCAUUGAUUGGAUUACCAGAACUGGAAAGCAUUUGUAGUGCAAAACUGAUUUGUGAUUCUCUCGAAGUGAUUUGGAUUGUAGGAUGUAAGGAGCUCAAGAGGAUUCCAAUUUGUUUUUCGUUGCUUGAAAAUGGCGAGCCAUCUUCUCUCAUAAGCAUAAAGAUAUAUCCAAAAGAAUGGUGGGAGUCAGUAGUGGAGUGGGAGCAUCGUAACGCUAAGGAUGUGCUUCAUCCCUUUGUGAAGUUUUUGGCAGGAUGAGUGACGACAGUGCCCUUAAUAUGAUAUUAAAUUAAGAGUAAGCAUUGUUGUUUUAAUUGGAUUAAGCGUCAGCUUUGUGUCCACUUAAUGAGUUUAUUGAGUUUUCAUUCGUAAGCAUUCAUGUGAAACUCUUGUAAUUAAAAGUAGCUCGCUCAUAUUAAAAUCAAUUUUGUAGUCAA